AUAAUGUGAACUCGGAAGAGCUCACAAGAAGAAUUUCUUAUGAGCAUUUCAGUCACAUUUCAAUUGUUGCAAAUAAAUUUGAUGAGCUUCCUAAACCAAUCUUUUGCCCAAAACUGAAGCUUCUAAUGUUAAAACUCUGUUUUGAAAAGCCAUUCAAAUUACAGAACGAUUUUUUAUGGCAUGAGUAAACUCAAUGUUUAAGCAUGAGGGGAGACUGAUAUAAGGAGUCAAUUUGGACUCUUCCAGGAUCCAUUUAGAGGUUUUCAAGUCUGAGGACGUUGUGUCUAAGUAAAUUAAGGUUGGAUGACAUAUCGUUAUAGGGGAACUUGUCACUUUAAAAAUUCUCGUCAUCAAGGAUUCUCAGUCAAAGGAGUUGCCAGUGGAGAUAGGAAAAUUAACAAAUCUAAUUUUGUUAGAGCUGUGGAAUUAUAAGCAAGUAGAACUUGAAAGGAUUUCACCACGUGUCUUAUCAAGACUAGUACGAUUGGAGGAACUACAUAUGGUGAGAGUAGCACAUUUUAGUUACUCCACCUUAAGUGAGCUGGAAUCUUUAUCGAGAUUGACUGCACCGACAUUAAGUAAAUGUUCCAGAGAUGUGAUCUACAGUAACUUGGGCCUUUCCUCCAAGUUGACACGUUACGCUCUUACAUUGGGUAGAGUUUACAGAACGACUUCAACCAUAGAUGAUUACGAUAAGAAUAUUUCUUUAGAGGUCACUAAGUUGGGUGAUCGGAUCUGCCACAAGCUUAGGAAGAGCAAAAAUGUAUAUUCAACUGGAAAGGGCUCCAAGAAUGUGCUGACAGAGUUGCAGCUGGUUGAAUUUCAGAUUGUGAAAUAUCUCUGCCUGGAUGAUUGUGAUUCAUUGACACAUUUAUUAAAGAUCCAAUGUCAGAAUAAUAUUCCAUUCCCUGAACUCAAAAGACUGGAGGUAAGCCGUUGCCGUGGUCUACAAUAUGCUUUUUGCGUGUCCUUGGCUGGAGGGAGUUGGAUUGUAGUUUCCCCUAAUGAUGAGGAAGAGGAGAUCUCACGGAGGACUUGUGAAGUAAUCAAGUUCCCUAAUUUAUAUGAGUUGGACCUUCAUUCUCUUGAAUGCCUCACUCACUUUUGCAGUGACAGUGUUGAGGGCAUUGAGUUCCCUCCGUUACGGGAAAUGAAUUUCUUUGAGUUGCCAGAGUUUCAAAAUUUCUUGCCUACAACCAACAACUCCAUCACUCACUCAAAUCCUCUUUUUGAUGAAAAUAUAUUGUUCUACUGCUCUAUGUGAUCUAUCAUUUCAACAACAAAAAAUGAUAACUAAUUUAUAAAU